CCAGUCAAGCUGAAGCACUUCUGUACGACGAUGCGAGGCAGUACUAUGGUUGUGGCGUGCCCAACCAAGUGCCAUGAUGGAUUUUGAUGAGCGGGUACCCGUUGGGUCUAACAUGUAUUUGCCCGGCUGUACUUAUUACGUGUCUGGGACGGAAUUUUCCAGCCUUCCUCCUUUUCUGCCCCAGACCCCGUCUUCAUGCCCCAUGACAUACUCAUACUCCACGUCCAGUUUGCCACAAGUUCAGAGCGUUAGAGAAGUGUCUUUCAGGGACUAUGCCAUUGACACGUCCGGUAAGUGGCACUCGAGGGGCAAUCUGCCACAUUGCUACGCGACCGAGGACAUGGUGCACAGGGACUGCCUGUCCAAUCCUGGAACUCUGGGAGACAUGCUGUCGAAAAAUAAUUCGGUUCUUUACCACUCCAACACGAGCCAUUCGGCCAACGUGUAUCAUAGCAGCGUAGGGAGGAACGGAGUGCUUCCCCAAGCGUUUGACCAGUUUUUCGAGACAGCGUACGGGAACGUGGAAAACCAGCCAAGCGAGCAUCCGGUGGACAGAGCGACCGGGAAGGCGCCUGCUCCGCCCGCGGACUCAGGCAGCGACAGUUGCCGGGGAACAGAGGAGGCAGAGCGGUGUGGAGAAACCAGCAGCCCGGAGCCAUCUUCCGGUAACAACGAAGAGAAAUUCAGCGGCAGCAGCGGCAAUGGACAGAAGACACGGAAAAAAAGGUGUCCUUACACGAAAUAUCAGAUCAGAGAGCUGGAGAGAGAAUUUUUCUUCAGUGUUUACAUCAACAAAGAAAAAAGGCUACAGCUUUCCAGGAUGCUCAACCUCACCGACCGUCAGGUCAAAAUAUGGUUUCAAAACAGAAGAAUGAAAGAGAAAAAACUAAACAGAGACCGUUUGCAGUAUUACACCACGAACCCUUUGCUUUAGAUCGGAAUCAUUUAUAGGGCGAGAUGGUUAAUUUCAAGUUCGUGGAUGAACAUUCCGGCUCCCAGAGGAGAUGCGACCUUUAUUCCUCUGACAGACUUUUUCAUCCAUAAACAUACAUUUAUAUUCUCUGUAAUCUUUACCGUUGAAUUUAAAACUAUUAUUAUGAUGUUUCAUUUUAUUCAGUUAAGUGACUCUUCAGUUUACAGGGAUAUUGUUUUUUUGAUAUUAUUAUUAUUAUCUUUCCAAGAUCUGUAGUUUUUACAUAUGUGUCAUAUAUCAGUAAGUAUAUGCUUGAAAUCUGUUUAUAUGGAAAAUAAUGUUUGGGAGGGCGAGAUAUAAAUACUAGUGGACAUAAAGAUUUCAUUCUGUUAUAGCCUAGGUAACACUUUACAAUAAGGUCUCAUUUGUUAACAUUACUUAAUGCAUUAACUAACACGAAUUAAUGAUGAACAAUACAUUUGUUACAAUACAUUUGUUAUUUAUUAAUCUUUGUUAAUUAUAAAAAUGCAACCGUUCCUUGUUUGUUCAUGUUAGUUCACAUUGCAUUAAGAAAAACAUUUGAUUUUUAAUAAUGUAGCCUAGUAAAUGCUGAUAUCAACAUAAAUGCCGUAGAAGUCCAGUAGUUAAUUCAUGUAAACUAGUGAAACCUAAUUAUAAAGUGUUACCGUUAAGUACUGUUCAUUGUAUUUUACAGGCCUAUAUUAUUAGAAAAAAAAAAACUUUCUCAUUGAAUGACGCAUAUUUCAUGAGAUUAUUGUGAUCUAAAUUCACCAUGAGCGCUUUAUUCUCUUAUACUUGAAUUGUGUGAACUUAAAGUGUAUAUUUGAUAUUACUCGUCUUACUGCGCAUUUUCCAGUAAAACCGAGCCACUUAACACUUGUGUUAAAAAUUGUCCCA